AACUGAAAUGACCGUAGUUCAAAUGCAUUGUUCAAUCAGGUAUCUUUUGACGUUCAACAAUCGGAGUUUUAAUCCAUUCUGUUGGUAGAAUUUCUGUAGUGUCGUUGAAUUAUUGAUAAACAAAGUAACACAAUGGUAUGUUUUCAUUAAAAUGGUCGUAUUUUAUGUGUAAAAUAAAAUUGUGGUGCAAUUUUAAACAUUUUUUAUUGAUACAACUAGUAGAGGAAUAAAUAUUUCAACAAAGAGAACUAAGUGUGUGAUUUAUUUUCACCGGCAAAUGAAAAGGUCAUAUUCGACAGCCAAGAUGAAUCAAGUCUCAUUUGAGAAUACAUUUGAAGAUUAUGUAGAAAUUGGUGAUAGUCUAUUGAUGAACAAAAAGUUACGAAAUGAUAAGCUCAAUAAGUAUGCAGUUUCUGUGUGGGAGAAAAAUUUUAAGGAUUAUAAACGUGAAGAGGACCAUUCUGUAUAUACCGGUUCUACUGGAAUUGCACUUCUUAAGCUGUUAAUUGCAUCCAGGAAACCAGAAACCGAGAAAAGACAAAUACUGGAAGAUGCUCGAAAAUUGAUUCCAACUUAUAAAUUAAAUAAAAGACGAAUUACAUUCCUUUGUGGAGAUGCAGGACCGCUAUCUGUUGCUGCAGUCAUUGAACACAGAUUGGGAAAUGAUACCGAAGCUAAUAAACUGAUUCAAAACUUAGUUGAACUUGGAGACGGAGUUUUGGAUAUCGAUGCGAACACGCCAAAUGAACUUUUAUAUGGAAGAUGUGGUUAUUUAUAUGCCCUGUUAUUUGUUAAAGAACAUAUCAAAAAUGCUCAAAUCGAAGAUGAAUUCAUAAAACAAAUUAUUGACGUGGUCCUCAAAUGUGGACAACAUAUGGCGAAAUCGAUGAAACUAACAUCAAAAGUUCCCUUGAUGUUCGAAUGGCAUGACAGUAAUUAUUUGGGCGCAGCUCAUGGUUUAAGCGGAAUUUUAUAUUUGCUAUUACAAGCACGCAGAUAUGUAUCUGAGGAUGCCUUAAAUUUUCUUAUUAAACCUUCAAUUGAUUAUUUAUCGUCCAUACGAUUUUCAUCUGGAAAUUUUCCAUCGUCGCUUGGUAAAGAACGUGAUAAGUUAGUCCAGUGGUGUCAUGGUGCUCCUGGAUUUACUCAUUUGUACUGUUUAGCUUAUGAGGUUUACAAUGAUAAGCAAUAUUUAAAUAUCGCCCAAGAAUGUGGAGAAGUUGUGUGGAAACGUGGAAUUCUAACAAAAGGAUACAGCAUUUGUCAUGGAGUUGCUGGAAAUGCUUAUACAUUUUUACAGUUGUUUAAAACCACCAACGAUCAAAAAUAUCUCCAUCAGGCUAUCCAGUUUGCUGAAUGGGUCACAGAUUAUACAACAAGCCAUGAAUUUCAUUACCCAGAUCGCCCACUAUCCUUAUUUGAAGGACUUGCUGGACGUUUGUACUUGAUCGUGGAUAUUCAAGAACCGUAUAACGCCAAAUUCCCUGGCUAUGAACUGUAAAUUAAGCCAAAAAUUUUUUGACACAUAAUAAUAUGAUGCAUAGUCAAUUAAAAGUAUAAGCUUCAAACGAUACAAAUAUUGUUCUUCCUUACACACGCGCUUUAAAAUUUACCAGACUUGUACAACUCGUGA